GCAUCGGGCUCGGGUUCGGGCAGUCGCCGUGCGUUGUCACGUUUGUCCGUCCUUCUCCGUUUUUGUCAGUCGGUCAGCACCGUGUCGUGUGGUUCUUUCAACUGAAAACUGAAGCAGUCAUCAACAGUGUAGCGAGUGAGUACUGGUGGUGUAGUGGAAGGAUUUAUACGUAGAGUGUUGACUGAUCCUAUUCGGAAUGUCGGAAACGAUUUUGAAAGAAGUUAUUUUACCCGUGGCAUUCAACAAGAAAGGAUCAACUUUCGUUGACUGUGAGUUCGACAAGAAAUACGAAGCGCAAGACAAUUUCCAAUCUAGUGUAUUUUUUCUUACCGCGACAGUGAAAAAAGAAGAUGCCAACAUUAAACUUCCAUUAGUGGUUAAAUUUGAACCGGUAGACGAAAAUAUAAGAAAAGAGCUUAAUACCAAUGUCCAGUUUUUCAACGAGAUUUUUAUGUACGGCGAUCUUCUUCCGGUUAUUAAUAAAAAUUACAUUUGCGAAAACACGUUUCCUACAUUUUACUACGGAGUGGCUACGAUAGUUGACCCGGAUAAAGACGUUAUAAUUAUCGAGGACUUAAGACCAAAAGGGUUCAAGUUAACAACGGAAAAAGUGUUCCUAGACAUCCAACAUUUACAACUAGCGAUGGAAAAACUCGGGAGGUUCCACGCUCUUUCGUACGUCGCGAAAAAGGACAACCCCACGAAAUUUUACGAAAUGGUCGCAAAACUGAAGGAAACGUCAUGGGACGAGAUGAGGCCAGGUUGGGGAGACACUACUAUCCGGAAGUGCUUCCACCGUGCAAUGGACCCCUUGAUCACCGCAGGUAAACACGAGAAGGUACUGCGUCGUCUGCUCUCACGACUAGAUCGCCCAGGAGGUGUUGUGGGAUUCAUGAAGGAGUUGGUAGCUCCUGAGGAACCAACGGCUGUUCUUUGUCACGGAGAUUUCUGUAGGAACAACAUGCUGUUCAAGUACUCCUCAGAGCCAGAGGUCCCUGUGGAUGUCAGGUUCUUCGACGUGGCUACAGCGCGUUACGCCUCGCCUGCGGUAGACAUCGCGUUCUUCCUGUUGAUGAACUCAACUUCUGCGGCAAGGGAUGCUCACUGGGACUUUCUGCUGAGUCGCUACCAUUCCUCGUUGACCUCAGCCGUGGCUGAAACAUCACGUGACGUGAUGGUACCGUCCUUGGCGACGCUGCAACAAGAAUUGAGACUCAAGGCUAUUUACGGGUUCGCCCACGUAUCGUUCUUUCUCCCCAUGAUGCUAUGGGGCGAGGCCAUGGACAUGGAGGCUAUGCAAGACCUCACCCUGGAGGAGGUAGGUGACUUCAACGCCAAGCUAGGAGGUGACGAGGGGACGGAGCUGCUCAGGAACAUGGUCGAAGAGUUGGUGCUAAGAGGUUGUUUGACAUUGGACCAUCCUUUCUUGAAAGACUACAAGGAAUAGUUAUCAGUAAGUUUAUUUGUGUAUCACUGAAGCUAUUAAAUGUAAUUGUUAAGCA